AUGUCGGAUUUCCCCACUCACGAAUCCGGAAAGCUUUCCCUCAAGGGUCGUGUGGCCCUCGUUACCGGCGCCGGUAACGGGCUCGGUCGAGCCUAUGCUCUCGGCCUUGCCGCACGAGGUGCCAAGAUCGUCGUCAACGACUUGGGUCCCUCGACGCAGGACAAGAACCGCAAGGCAGCCGAGGUCGUCGUCGAGGAGAUCAAGAAGGCAGGUGGAGACGCUGUUGCCAACCUUGACUCGAACCUCGAGGGUGCCAAGAUCAUUCAACAGGCCAUCGACAGCUUUGGUCGAAUCGACAUUGUCGUCAACAAUGCUGGUAUUCUGCGCGACAAGUCCUUCAAGUCGAUGAGCGACAAGGAGUGGGACGCCAUCACGGCUGUCCACAUCACUGGCUCGUACGCUUGUGCUCACGCUGCUUGGCCUCACAUGCGCAAGCAAAAGUUCGGCCGCAUCAUUAACAUCUCGUCGGCCGCUGGUAUCUACGGCAACUUCGGUCAGGCAAACUACUCUGCUGCCAAGAUGGCCAUGAUCUCGUUCACCAAGACGCUCGCCAUCGAGGGCGCCAAGUACAACAUCAUUGCCAACUGCAUCGCCCCCAUCGCCGCAUCCCAAAUGCUCGCCUCGGUCAUGCCGCCCGAGAUCCUCGAGAACCUCAAGCCCGAGAUGGUUGCCCCCCUGGCCACCUACCUCGUCUCCGGCGCCAACACGGAGCACUCUGGCCUCCUCAUCGAAUCUGGUGCUGGCUUUAUGGCUGGCGUGCGUCGUGAGCGAUCUCGCGGUGUCGUAUUCCGAGCGGACGACACUUUCACCCCUUCGGCAGUCGGCCAGCGUAUCGACGAGAUCUUGGACUUUGACGAGUCGCCGGAGUACCCUGAGAAGAUCACCGACGCCAACCACCUCGAGUUCCUCGAGAGGGCCAAGGAGGCCAAGGCUAACGACCAGGGUGAUGGCAAGGUCCGCUUCGACGGCAAGACGGUUCUCAUUACUGGUGCUGGUGCUGGUCUGGGCAAGGCCUACGCCCAAAUGUUCGCCAAGCUCGGCGCCAACGUCGUGGUCAAUGACUUUGCAGAGAAGGCAGCCAACGCUGUCGUCGACGAGAUCAAGAAGGCUGGCGGCAAGGCUGCCCCUGCCAUUGGCUCGGCGGAGAAUGGCGAGAAGCUCGUCAAGGACGCUACUGAUGCCUUCGGUGGGCUUCACAUCAUCGUCAACAAUGCCGGUAUCCUGCGAGACAAGUCCUUUGCCUCGAUGAGCGACGAGGAGUGGCACGCAGUCAUCAACGUGCACCUCCGCGGCACCUACAGCGUCUGCAAGGCUGCUUGGCCCAUCUUCCAGCAGCAAAAGUACGGCCGCAUCGUCAACACCACCUCGGCGGUGGGCAUUUACGGCAACUUCGGCCAGGCCAACUACUCUACGGCCAAGGGCGGUAUCCUCGGUCUUACGCAGACGCUCGCCAUUGAGGGUCAGAAGUACGGGAUCCUUGCAAACACCAUUGCGCCCAACGCAGGCACUGCCAUGACUUCGACGAUCUGGCCUCAGGAGAUGGUCGACGCCUUCAAGCCUGACUUUGUUGCCCCGGCCGUAGGCUACCUGGCCAGUGAGGCUAAUCAAGAGGUGACUAAGGGUCUCUUUGAGGUCUCUGGUGGAUGGGUCGCCGCAGUCCGAUGGCAGCGCUCUGGUGGUCACGCGUUCAAGUUCGGCAAGACCCUCGAGCCCGAGAUCAUCGAGCAGAACUUCAGCAAGAUCAUCGACUACGACCCUGAGCGCGCCAGCUGGCCUGCUAGCAACCAAGAGUCGAUCCAAGACAUCAUGGCCAACAUCAGCGCCGGUGGUGGGGACGACGACGAGGAGGAAGAAGGCGGCGAGGGUGGCCCCGAGCUCGAAGCUUGGAUCGACGAGGAAGACCCGGACUUUGUGAAGGAAGCCAAGCGCCAGCAGCUUGAGCCCGUCGAGUACGCCUGGGACGAGGACAGCACCAUCCUCUACAACCUAGGCAUCGGUGCUACUGCUCAGGAGCUGCAGUACGUUUACGAGGGAGACGACGACUUCCAGCUGAUCCCCUCGGCCGCGGUCAUUAUCCCCUUCGCCGCUUCCUCUGGCAUUCCGAUGGACUGGCUGCCCAACUUUGACCCGACCAAGCUGCUCCACGGCGAGCAGAGCGUCGAGUUCAAGGUCAAGGAGCUGCCCACCUCGGGCAAGGUGAUCAAUCACCCCAAGAUCGCCGAGGUGCUCGACAAGGGCAAGGCUGCCUCGAUCGCCGCGCGAACGAAGACCGUCGAUGCGCAGAGCGGCAAGGAGCUCUUUGACUCCCACUCUGUCGUCUUCAUCCGCGGAGCUGGCGGCUUCGAGGGUAAGAAGCAAGGUCGUGAUUGGGGAGCAGCCUCUGCCCCCAACAAGCCGCCUAGCCGCAAGCCCGACUUCGAGAAGGACAUCAAGACGGACGAGUCGCAGGCUGCCCUGUACCGUCUCAGCGGCGACAAGAACCCGCUGCACGUCGACCCUUCCUUUGCCAGCAUGGGUGGCUUUGAGAAGCCGAUCCUUCACGGACUCUGCUCGCUGGGUGUGUGCGUGAAGAGCCUGUAUGAGGAGUACGGCUUCCCCAAGGCCUUCAAGGUUCGCUUUGCGGGUACGCUCUUGCCUGGUCAGACUAUUCAGGUCAAGGGAUGGAAAGAGGGUACGAAGAUUGUGUGGGAGGCCAUUUGCAAGGAGACUGGCAAGCCGGUCAUCUCGGCUGGUGGGUACGAGACCUGGGAGUAGACGCGCAUUUCUGGAUCAUCAAAGGUGCUCUCUUCUUGCUUGAACGAAUGGAUAUAUGUCU